GCCCACGAUGAGAGAAACUACCACAUCUUCUACUGCAUGCUGAAGGGCAUGACUCCAGACGAGAAGAAGAAGCUGGAGCUGAGCAAAGCCACCGACUACACCUACCUGACCAUCGGAAACUGCACCGUGUGCGACGGCCGAGACGACCUGAAGGAAUACUCCAACAUCCGCUCUGCCAUGAAGGUGCUCAUGUUCACUGACAAGGAGAACUGGGAGAUCUCGAAGCUGCUGGCGGCCAUACUGCACAUGGGCAACCUGAGAUAUGAAGCUCGGACCUACGACAACCUGGAUGCCUGUGAGGUGGUUCGCAGCGCUCACCUGACCACCGCUGCAACUCUGCUGGAGGUGGACGGUAAAGAUCUGAUGAACUGUCUGACCAGUCGAACGCUGAUCACCAGAGGAGAGACCGUCUCCACUCCGCUCAGCAUGGAACAAGCUCUGGAUGUCCGGGACGCUUUCGUUAAGGGUAUUUACGGGCGUUUGUUCGUGUGGAUUGUGGAGAAGAUCAACGCAGCCAUUUACAAGCCUCCGUCCUCACAACCCAAAGCUCUGAGGCGCUCCAUCGGCCUGCUGGACAUCUUCGGCUUCGAGAACUUCACCGUCAACAGCUUCGAGCAGCUUUGCAUCAACUUCGCCAACGAGAACCUGCAGCAGUUCUUCGUCCGCCACGUCUUCAAGCUGGAGCAGGAGGAGUACAACCUGGAGCACAUCAACUGGCAGCACAUCGAGUUCACCGACAACCAGGACGCUCUGGACAUGAUCGCCAUCAAACCCAUGAACAUCAUCUCGCUCAUCGACGAGGAGAGCAAGUUCCCGAAGGGCACCGACACCACGAUGCUGAACAAACUGAACUUUCAGCACAAACUCAACACAAACUACAUCCCACCAAAGAACAACUACGAGACCCAGUUUGGGAUCCAACACUUUGCUGGAGUCGUUUUCUACGAGACGAGAGGAUUCCUGGAGAAGAACAGAGACACGUUGUACGGCGACAUCAUCCAGCUGGUUCACUCCUCCAAAAACAAGUUCAUCAAGCAGAUCUUCCAGGCUGACGUUGCCAUGUCUCUGUGUGGUUUCUCUGCUGAUAGUUCAGUAGCUUCACCUGCCACAGCUCCUCCCAAGGGGGCAGAAACCAGGAAACGUUCUCCGACGCUGAGCAGUCAGUUCAAAAGAUCUCUGGAGCUGCUGAUGAGAACUCUGAGCGUCUGUCAGCCGUUCUUCGUUCGCUGCAUCAAACCCAACGAAUACAAGAAGCCCAUGUUGUUUGACAGGGAGCUGUGUGUGCGUCAGCUGAGGUACUCGGGGAUGAUGGAGACCAUUCGGAUCCGCCGUGCUGGAUACCCCAUACGCUACACCUUCGUGGAGUUUGUGGACCGCUACAGAGUCCUGAUGCCGGGAGUCAAACCCGCCUACAAGCAGGAGGACCUGAGGGGAACCUGCCAGAGGAUCGCUGAGGCGGUGCUCGGCAGAGACGACGACUGGCAGAUGGGAAAAACCAAAAUCUUCCUCAAGGACCACCACGACAUGCUGCUGGAGAUCGAGAGGGACAAGGCCAUCACAGACAAGGUCAUCCUCAUCCAGAAGGUGGUCCGAGGCUUCAAAGACAGAUCCAACUUCCUGAAGAUGAGGAAGUCGGCCGUGUGGAUCCAGAAGACGUGGCGAGGGUACCAGUGCAGGAAGAACUACGGAGCUAUGCGAGCAGGCUUCUCUCGCCUCCAGGCUCUGGUUCGCUCCAGGAAGCUGAGUGCGUCGUACCACGUGGCCCGUCAGAGGAUCACGGGCUUCCAGGGCCGCUGUCGGGGCUUCUUGGUUCGCCGGGCGUUCAGGCACCGGCUGUGGGCCGUCAUCACCAUCCAGGCUUACACCAGAGGGAUGAUCGCCCGCCGGCUGUUCAAGAGGCUCAAGGGAGAGUACCGUCGGCGGCUGGAGGCCGAGAAGAUGCGUCUGGCUGAAGAAGCCAAACUGAGGAACCAGAUGUCGGCGAAGAGAGCGAAGGCUGAAGCCGAACGCAAACACCAGGAGCGUCUGGCCCAGCUGGCCAAAGAGGACGCUGAGCGGGAGAAGAAGGAGAAGGAGGAGGCUCGGAGGAAGAAGGAGAUGGUGGAGCAGAUGGAAAAGGCUCGACAGGAGCCCGUCAACGACUCCGACAUGGUGGACAAGAUGUUCGGCUUCCUGGGAACGACCAGCUCCUUCCCCGGUCAGGAGGGACAGGCGCCUGCUGGCUUUGAGGACCUGGAGCGAACCCACCAGGAGCUGGAGGAGGAGGACCUGGACGAAGCUCUUCCUCUGCCUGAGGACGAUGAAGAGGAGGAUUUAUCCGAGUACAAAUUCGCCAAAUUUGCCGCCACCUACUUCCAGGGAACCACCACCCACACCUACGUCCGCCGGCCGCUCAAACAGCCGCUGCUGUUCCACGAUGACGAAGGCGAUCAGCUGGCUGCCCUGGCCGUGUGGAUCACCGUGCUGAGGUUCAUGGGGGAUCUGCCGGAGCCUAAAUACCACACAGCCAUCAGCGACGGAAGCGAGAAGAUCCCCGUCAUGACCAAAAUCUACGAGACGCUGGGAAAGAAAACCUACAAGAGAGAGCUGCAGGCGCUGCAGGGGGAGGGAGAGACGCCGCACUCCGACAGCCACAAGAAGAACAGCGUCCGACACAAGCUGGUGUCGCUCACGCUGAAGAAGAAGUCCAAGAUCACCGAGGAGGUCACGAAGCGCCUCAAUGACGGCGAGUACGGUCUCCACGGCAACAGCAUGCUGGAGGACCGGCCGACGUCCAACCUGGAGAAACUUCACUUCAUCAUCGGCAACGGCAUCCUGAGACCGGCACUGAGGGAUGAGAUCUACUGUCAGAUCUGUAAGCAGCUGAGUCAGAACCCGUCCAAAAGCUCUCACGCUCGUGGCUGGAUCCUCAUCUCGCUGUGUGUCGGCUGCUUCGCCCCGUCGGACAAAUUCGUGAAGUACCUGAGGAACUUCAUCAGCAGCGGGCCGCCGGGUUACGCUCCGUACUGCGAGGAGAGGCUCAGACGAACAUUCGCUAACGGGACGAGAACACAACCUCCAUCAUGGCUGGAGCUGCAGGCCACCAAGUCGAAGAAGCCCAUCAUGCUGCCGGUGACAUUCAUGGACGGGACGACCAAAACUCUGCUGACGGACUCGGCCACCACGGCCAAGGAGCUCUCCAACGCCCUGUCGGACAAGAUCAACCUGCGAGAUCGCUUCGGCUUCUCGCUCUACAUCGCUCUGUUCGACAAGGUCUCGUCUCUGGGCAGCGGCAACGACCACGUGAUGGACGCCGUGUCGCAGUGCGAGCAGUACGCCAAGGAGCAGGGCGCCCAGGAGAGGAACGCCCCCUGGAGGCUGUUCUUCAGGAAGGAGAUCUUCACGCCCUGGCACAGCCCCACCGACGACCAGGUCGCCACCAACCUCAUCUACCAGCAAACCGUCAGAGGAGUUAAGUUCGGAGAAUAUCGCUGCGACAGGGAUGAUCUGGCAGAGCUGGCCUCUCAGCAGUACUACGUAGACUACGGUUCAGAGAUCCUUCUGGAGCGUCUGCUGAGCCUCAUCCCCUCCUACAUCCCCGACAGAGAGAUCAGCACCUCCAAGACGGUGGAGAAGUGGGCUCAUUUCAUCAUGGCUGCUCACAAAAAGGGCAUCUACACCCAGAAGAGGUUUGAUGCUCAGAAGGUGAAGGAGGAAGUGGUGGACUUCGCUCGACACAAGUGGCCUCUGCUGUUCUCUCGGUUCUACGAAGCCUUCAAGUUCUCAGGUCCCAGUCUGCCUAAAAACGACCUGAUCGUCGCCGUCAACUGGACGGGAGUUUAUUUUGUGGACGAGCAGGAGCAGGUCCUCUUAGAACUCUCCUUCCCAGAAAUCACUGCAGUUUCCAGCAGCAGAGGAGGGAAGCUGCAGGGUCAGAGUUUCACUUUGGCCACCAUCAAAGGAGACGAGUACACCUUCACCUCCAACAACGCCGAGGACAUCCGCGACCUGGUGGUCACCUUCCUGGAAGGCCUGAGGAAGAGGUCCAAGUUUGUGGUGUCGCUGCAGGACAACCCCAACCCCACCGGUGAGGAGUCGACGUUCCUCAGCUUCCUGAAGGGAGAUCUGAUCGUGUUGGACCAGGACACCGGUGAGCAGGUCCUCAACUCUGGUUGGGCACACGGCAUCAACGAACGAACCAAUCAGAGAGGAGAUUUCCCCGCUGACUGCGUCUACGUCUUACCCAGCAUGACCCGACCUCAGCAGGACAUAGUGGCGCUGGUCACCAUGACGCCAGACCAGCGUCAGGAGUCGGUUCGUGUUUCGCAGAUCGUGAUGCCAGAAACUGACGGCAGAGUGAAGCCGUACACGCUGGAGGAGUUCUCCUACGACUACUUCAGGCCUCCUCCCAAACACACCCUGAGCAGAGUGAUGGUCACGAAGAACCGAGGUAAAGACAAGAUGUGGAGCUGCACCAGAGAGCCGCUGAAACAGCCGCUGCUGAAGAAGGUGGUGAACCACGAGGAGCUGGCUCAGGACGCCUGCAUGUCCUUCAUAGCGAUGAUGAAGUACAUGGGCGACUACCCGUCCAAACGGACCCGCUCAGUCAACGAGCUGACGGAUCAGAUCUUUGAAGGCGCGCUGAAGGCCGAACCUCUGAAAGACGAGAUCUACUGUCAGAUCAUCAAACAGCUCACAGACAACCACGUCAAGUACAGUGAGGAGAAAGGCUGGGAGCUGCUCUGGUUGUGUACUGGUCUGUAUCCUCCCAGUAACGUGCUGCUGCCGCACAUCCAGCGCUUCCUGCAGUCCAAGAAACACCACCCGCUGUCUGGAGACUGCAUGCAGAGGCUGCACAAAGCACUACGAAACGGAUCCAGGAAGUACCCCCCUCAUUUGGUGGAAGUGGAGGCCAUCCAACAUAAGACGACACAGAUCUUCCACAAAGUCUACUUCCCCGACGACACUGACGAGGCCUUCGAGGUGGAGUCCAGCACCAAGGCCAAGGAUUUCUGCCAGAACAUCUCCACCAGACUGCUGCUCAAAUCUCCUGAAGGCUUCAGCCUCUUUGUCAAGAUCUCAGACAAGGUGAUCAGUGUGCCAGAGGGAGACUUCUUCUUCGACUUUGUCCGACAUUUGACCGACUGGAUCAAGAAAUCUCGACCAGCUAAAGACGGAAUCGUUCCCUCUCUGACCUACCAGGUGUUCUUCAUGAAGAAGUUGUGGACCAACACAGUUCCAGGGAAGGACUCCUUCGCUGACUCCAUCUUCCACUACUACCAGGAGCUGCCUAAAUACCUGCGUGGUUACCACAAGUGUUCACGAGAAGAGGUUUUCCAGCUCGCGGCGCUCAUCUACCGUGUCAAGUUUGAGGACGACAAAUCCCACUUCCCUACAAUUCCCAAGAUGCUGCGGGAGCUGGUCCCCCAGGAUCUGAUCCGCCAGAUGUCCCCGGAUGACUGGAAAAGGUCUGUGGUCGCGUACUUCAACAAGCAGGCCGGUAAAUCCAGAGAAGAAGCCAAACUCAUGUUCCUGAAGAUCAUCUACAAAUGGCCGACCUUUGGCUCCGCCUUCUUUGAGGUCAAGCAAACCACGGAGCCAAACUACCCAGAGAUCCUGCUGAUCGCCAUCAACAAACAUGGAGUCAGUCUCAUCGACCCCAAGAACAAGGACAUCCUGACCACUCACCCCUUCACCAAGAUCUCCAACUGGAGCAGUGGAAACACCUACUUCCACAUCACCAUCGGCAACCUGGUCAGAGGAAGCAAACUGCUGUGUGAGACGUCGCUGGGCUACAAGAUGGACGACCUGCUGACCUCGUACAUCAGCCAGAUGCUGACCACCAUGAACAAGCAGCGGCCUGGGCGGGGCCACAGCAAGUGAACUUCUUACUGGCAGGAGGCCACUGAGCUCAUCCGCCUCUUGCGUCCUAUUGGCCAGCACUGCAGCUGGGGGCGGACCUUCGCCCACCAGCUGUGGAGGAUGAGCCGCAGUCCUUCUGCUAGCUCCGAGGGCUCGAAGCUCACCGGGGAGAGUUCGACUGCCAGCAGCGACCCCGGAGAAGGACCCAGUAACUAUUACCGCCACAACUACGAUGACGAUGAGCCGUCCAGUGAGGACGACUACCUCUGAAACUCUCGUCCAAACUGUCCGUCCUCCUACGUUCGUCUUCCUGGUUUGGUUCCCAGAUUCCAGUCAGACCUGUUUGUACAGAGACAGUGUUCAGUCAGUCCUAGUGUCACCUAAAGGCCUGAUUCAGAUCACUGUGGGGAUCCUCGGCUCUGUGAAAUGUUGACAGGGCAUCUGAAGGUCUUAAAAAACAAAACUAAUUAAAUUAAGGUGCCUCAAAAAGCCUUAAAUAUGUUUGCCUGACGUAGACAGAAACAUGUUGGACUGCGGCUGUUCAGUCAACUGACUCAUAAUGGGCCGUGCUGGUUUUAGCUAUCUGUCAAUCAGUUCCUUCAUUUUAUGCCACAAUUAAUACUGACAAUAACGUCAAUAAAUACAUAGAAUCAUUA